AUUGGCGAUCGUCAACAAUAGCAGCGCAGCAGGAAAACAAAGCACACCUCUUUUCAUCGCAGUGCUGAUUGCUGCCGUGUUUCAAUUGCUUUUCCUUCACCUUCUCCAAUAGUGCAUCUGUUUGUGCGUACAGUGAAGAACAUAUCGAUAAGUUUUGAUAAGUGCGUGUCUCGUUAGUUUAAUUACACGGCGGGAAGAUUUCGCAGAACGGAAGCUACUGGUGCCUCUGUAUAGAGAUAAAGAAUGUAUUGAACGUGUGAGUACGGUUGUCGAACGCAUGACAAUCGUUUCGCUGGUGUGUGAGAGUAGAUAGUGAAACAGAAUACACCUUCAGUACGCGUCGUGAUCUACUACGGUAAAGUGUCGUGCAAUCGCGGCUGUGAAGCAGUGUUUUUUUUCCAGAUUCUAUGAGGACGCUGUCCAUUUCUGUGCGCUCCCUCCACUGUGCAGCGUUGUGUGCGUGGGCAAUGUCGAAGCGAGUGUGUACGGUGUAAUAGCAUCCAAGCAAGCUACGCUUUUAGUUGAAUGAUUGUAUUCCCCCGUGUUGCAAUGUCUGGCCAUCGCUCAUCUUCAGCAAAACCGAGCAGUGCGAAGAGCCAGUGCGUGCGUUGAAGUGGUGGUAGUGUGUGUUUCCGAAUGUCAUUUUGAUACAGCGAUCAGCUGGCCAACAUUCGUUUAAACAGCGCUGAACGAGGCGGGAGUCAAGGUACCGCGCAGUAUUGCCGUAGCGCAGCCCGUACCAGUUCUAGGUAGUGCAUGGAUUUAGUGUGUGGUGCGUUUAGCGUGCGAGCACCAACACACCUUUAAUAGGGUACGCACGUAGCCGUGUGCAGACGGAGUGCUGGACGAAAAUGGAUGUGGAAUCGGACGGCUCGGAACGAUGGGAGGAUUUUUUCGGAAGCAGCACCGACAUCGGCCCAUCGGUACUGGGUUACUUGGACACUCUGGCCAAUAACUUCAGCGAAGAAGCUAAACAACUAGUCGAAUCAUCCAACAACAAACCGCAACCCUCGGCCGCACUGGCAGCAACGGCGUCCGUGCUUCCACUGAAAAGGGUUGCUCAUGCGAUCCACAAGCACGAUCCAUUCGCCGCGACCGUGUUUAGCAGCAGCAGCAGCGGUAGUGUGCAAUCGCAGCGAACUGAUUGUGUGGUUGCUCCAGCUGGUGAAGCCACUCCCCGCAGCAACAACGUAUUCAGGUCAACUCCACCAGCCAGUUCCGAUUUGGUGAGCACGGGAAGGGCUAAAAAGUUCUCCGAUAAGUUCUUCAGUUUGGUGUCACCAAAUGUGCAACGCAUGGUGUCCCACACGACUGCGGACACGAGCGAACACAGUGGAUCUGUAGCACCGCCACCACAACCCUUCGUACGCAACCAUGUCCAGUCUGCCUCGUUCAGCGCCUCUAGUCGAAAGCCUUCCUCCGCUAAACACACGCCGGCCAAUAACGUACCAGUGCAUGUAAAUCAUCACAAGCAGCAGCUACCCUUGUCGAAAAACAUUGCCAAGCUUACGCAUGUGAACAGCAGUGAGUCGAUCGAACUCUUGAUUGAAUCCUCCCGGCCGAGGCCUUCCUACCUCCACAACCGGAGGGAAAAGUCCGGCUCGGAAGAUACUACCCCAAGGGCAGCAAUGGAAGAGGUGGCGCCGACCAGUGAAACUGUUGUGGUGGAUGGUAAUGGAAACAUAGCGAGUGAAAAGCUGGAAGAGCUACAGAACGUGUCCGCGCUGCAGCUAAAAAUACGAUCACUUACGGUAGACUUAGAAAAGGGCGAUCGCACGGAGGAGCAAGUGUCUGCCGAUGGAUCAGCGGACGGUAAUCCGCCGUCCGCUCCCGAAACCCCAGACACGCUGACGGAUAUGAGUGUGGCGUUGAGAAAUGAAGCCAACAUGGAGGACGCAUUUGUAGAGAAUUGUGCCGACCUGUCCGAGCAUCGGAAUACGGUGGUCGAGGCGUGCAAUUACUAUCCUAACCUUGGACGAGAUGUUCCGUACGGUUCGGACGAUCGACGGACGUUAGCCGAUGCGCGGGCCAAGCUGCUCGAUAGUAACAAACACUGUAAGGUGUCCGUUCCUAACUCACCCAUGCUGUCGACACGCGGCAAGUCAAUAGAAAACACCACGUCCACCUCGACGCCCAGUUUGGAUACGACGUAUAGUGGAUCGCCUUACUCGAGCAAAGCGUCCCUGCUGAUUCCACCGAAUACACCAGUGCUUAGCUCACGGCCACUGUCCGCUUCGUCGAUCUGUUCCUACUCAUCCAGUGCCAGCUCGACCGGUUCGGAGCACCAUCUCCCGGGUGGAAAAGGCGGGAGUGCACCGGGCUCGUAUCAGGCCAGUGUGGAGAGUUUGGCUGACCACAGCGAACCCGAGCAGAACAAGUGCCUCGGUGAGCUAGGGCCGGGCAUUAGCGUUGUCGCCGGUAUGACGAUGUGCGAACGCGCUGUACGAGAAAUUAUCGAUUCCGAGAGCAGCUACGUCAAGGAUCUUGGACAAGUUAUCAGAGGCUAUCUAGAGGACUGGAAAGAACGAGCCUGCCUGAAACACGAUCAACUGAAGGUUCUGUUUAGCAACAUUCAGGAAAUUUAUGAUUUCAACUUUAAGCUACUUAACCGACUUCGCGAAGCCAAGGGUGAUCCGGUUACAAUUUCCAACUGCUUCAUCGAUCUCCACGCGGAAUUCAGCUGCUACACAACGUACUGCACCCGCUAUCCGGAAGCCAUUUCGCUAUUAACGACGCUGCUACAGGCUACGCACACCAACGCGCUGCUUGUGUCCACACAGAAAAUGUUGAAGCACACACUCCCGCUCGGAUCUUACCUGCUGAAACCGGUGCAGCGGAUUCUAAAGUAUCAUCUACUGCUCGACAAUCUGCGCAAACACUGCAGCGAUCAGCAAGUGGCGUUGGCCCACGAGCUGAUGAAGAAGGUCGCGCACAACAUCGAUCAGGUGAAGACAAAGCUGGAUCAGGCGAGGCUUGUGAAGGAGCUGGCGGGCAUACUGGACGGUUGGCUCGGGCCCGACCUGUCCGUGCUGGGUGAUCUGUUACACGAGGGCCGGUUGAUGGAACACACCAAGCCGCGCAUUGUGCUGCUCUUCGAAACCAUGCUCAUCAUAGCGAAACCAAAGGAGGACAAAAGACUUCAAUUCCGUGCCUACAUCCCGUGCAAAAAUUUAAUGCUGGUGGAGCAUCUUCCGGGCGAACCGGCCAGCUUUCGGGUGAUCCCGUUCGAUGAUCCCAAGGGUGCGCUGCAGCUUACGACACGCAAUCGCGAGGAGAAGCGUCUCUGGACGCAACAGAUCAAGCAAGCGAUGCUGCAACACUACUCCGACAUACCAACCAGAGCGAAAGAAUUGGUCCUGCAGCUCGGCGAUGAAGAUGAACGUUUCACAGAUAAACAGUACUGGAAGCGACCAGCAAACAACUCACCCGUUCCGGAAUACCUCGAACGUCGUCAGCAGUUUCGUCGGAGUGAGAUGCGCAUGAGAUCGAAGAAAAAUCUUCUCAAAAAGGAUGCUGCCCCAACGCCCGUCAAUGGGUUGCUGUCCACGCCAUCGUUCCGAUCGUAUUCCAGCGAUCUGGAGAAUGUACCGGUAGCUCCUACGCCCAGCCCACACCACGAGGCGUCAGCGCUGGAAGAUUGUAAAUGUGAUGCUGUGAAGCGACAGCUGCAGGAAGAAAUGAAAACUCGACCUGUUGGAGUAGAUGCAGCGGCAGCGCCGAAAUCGUCUCCACCUCCAAAACCCGUUCGAAGCCGUUCCGAGACGCGAUGCGGACCUGCCGAUGACGAGGAGGAACGAUUGCUGAAGUCUCUGUACGAGCGGCGGAAGCUGUCGGCACCAACAAAGCGUGGAACGAAGGUAAAGGAGAGCUUUGCCAGCAUUCGGUCGUACAACAGCACCAUGAUACCGAAGCGGAUAAGCGAAAUGAGGAAACGGCGACCGAAAACUGUAACGAGCAGCUCUACGUUCUAUACAGAUCUAGAGGUUAGCAGUGAAACGACCGCCCCGACGGACCAAGAAGCACCAGAACCUUCGCACGAUGGCAAGCAGGAGGAAGCAUUGGAGAGCGAUGCAAAGGAAUCCGCCGUUGUCGGUGAAGGGCGUCAAUCCGUCACCUCGUCGUCUGCAGCGCCAGCUGAUGGAGAGGGCAAUGAAUACAAAAAGGAUUCGGAAAUCAUAUCGCAACUCAUCCUGGAUGUCGAGCAGUUCAAUAAGGUCCUGAACAAACCGGUGGCGAAAAAGAAGUCCUUCGAUGCGUCCAGCUGUACCCGUCCGACGGGACUGUUAAAUCCUGACCGGAAGCCUGAGCCUCCCAAUACGGAACCCCCUUGCGAUGAAGAAGUGGGCAUGGAUGAUGCGCCCGGCGAUGGAAACAGUACCUCCCACAGUGCCGAGUCGGAACCGAUCUAUGAAUCGCUACUCCGUAACGUACACGUGCCGUACAAGUACGCUCCGGCGGCUUUGGCGGCCAGACAUUCGCUGCCGUGUGGCGAAGGUGGUAACUGUAACGGUUUGGUGGCUACCAGCACUGUCGGUGGGACAGUUGCUUUCCAAAAAACUGCCGAUGAUCUCCUAGUGAGAAGAACGCGCCCAGAAUCGGACUACGUCACCUUGGCGUACUCGGAGCUCGGUCUGCUAGAGAGUAUCGUGGAAGCGGACGCAAGAAGCUUGCAGGUGAAAUCAUCCGCCCAACACAAAACACCACAGCUGCUCCGGAACAGUGACACCAACAUAAGCUACCAUCGGGACACAGGUAGCCACGGGAAGGAAUCGGACGAGGAGGGAAAACCAGCUUCGCCGGCAGUUCGCAGUUCACCGACCUCCGGUUGCCCCGCGGGUGGCGUUGUUGGACUGCCGGAAGAAACCACCUCCCUGAAGCAAGCGUUCCUCGAACGACAGGGCAGUCUGAGCAUGAAGUCGACGGCACAGAAAAGCAUCCUGCAGCGAUUCAUCUCGCUUCACUCGACCUCCUCGUCCAUCGUGGCAUCGUCCAGCUCGUCGCAGCUGGGCAGCGAAGGCAAUCUGCUUCAUCCGUUGCAGCGCAAACUGUCCGAACCGAACGGUGGCGGAUCGAUGGGUCACAUCUACAAACAGGGCAGUAUUGAUCUGGGAUCACGCAUCGCGAAUCUGGACUAUGCCGAUCCAAAGACACUUUUCUUUCCACCUUCGUCGACAGCCGGUUCCACUGCGGCCCUUUCGACCGGCACCAACCAGAAUGUUCUCAUCAACCGAGUAUCGAUGCAGUCGGUUUCGAUGGGCCAUGGGCACGGGAACAACGAUCAGCAGCGGGACUCGGUGCUGGCAUCCAGUUCCUCCAAUGAUAGCGUGUGUGAAGAAAUGAGCGCCACAGGCCCACCGGGGUACGAUGAUGACGAGAACUGCUGCUUCUACGAGCGAACCGUAGAGGAAUGUCUCGAGCACGAUUUCCGCGAUUCGGCCGUCUACAGCGGCGAUGACAACGAACGUCAACGGGGAACCAGCGGAGCGGUUGACGACCAACACCUGUACGAGACCCUUUCGCCAGUCGCUUCACCACGUACCAAGCGAAGGCCCAACACUGACGAUCAUCGACCGGUGGUGACGGGCGGAGAGGUUCACCAACGGAUGUCCGGUCCUCCACCACCGAUCCCCGUCAAACCGGCGCAUCUUGGACAAUGCAAACGUCAACAUCCGGCCGCCAUAAUGACGAACUCGAGUGCAACUGCAGCGCCGGCAGCAGCAUCAACAAAGCCGGCCAACAGCCGUGGUUGGGUACUGCAGCAGGUUCGUCGAUUUCAGUAAAAAGGGAAGAUUUCAACAGUGUUGGUGUAGCUGGUGUAUUACAUGUUUUAGUGUAAAAUGCGGUCGUAUUUGUAUUACAUAGAAAGAGUGCGAAAGAGAGCGCGAAAGAGCGACUGCCCAGGAAGCUUCACUUAUUCUUCUGCCGGGCAAAACAUUUCAACCAAUUAAUAACCGCUGCUCUUUCUCGCAAGUUGCCAAAGAAAUGAAAUUUCGAUCAAUGUAAUUGAUGUAAACCAUUCAAUCCCCCUCGUUGCUAUGGGAGCGAACGGUUGCUAGGGAUAUUUGCUAAGCCUAAUGUAAUCCUUCGAUUCGGCUUGCGUGUUUGCGUUUUACGUGUACGAGUGCAAUAACACACAACAACCAACUAGGCGGCGGCGGCGGCUGGUUCUGCGCACAACACAUUCGCGCAGCAAUGUAUUUAUCUGCUGAUUAAUGGAAUUUUAUCAUGGAAAGUAGUUGUUAAACCCGUAAUGUACGCGCGCAAUUAUAGAAUAGCUUUUAUUGCGAUAUUUUAACUGUAAUUUAUUACGUUCAAACAUCACCACCUUCAAAUACUGUAUGCCUUGUAUUUCUACCUGUCCGAUCCGUUUGUCCGAAGGCAACAUCUAGGCAGGAUGCAGCAGCAAAAUAAAUGGCAAAAUGAACUAAACAAUCAAAUAAAAUGGUUGGUA